AUGUUAUAUCUGGGAGACUUAUCUAUAAAUGAGUGGGAUAUUAUCAUAGUACAGGUUGAGAGUCUUUUCCGUAUUGAGUUUACAGGCCGUCCGUUUGUAGCUAUUCUUGAUGAAGCUAAUGCCAUUAUGCGUCAAAUGUCUAGCGGUACAAAUGCACGGGAAUCUAAGAAUGCAAUACGUGAUGUCUUAAGAUCUGCAAGGCAUGUUUUGGCCAUGGAUGCUUUUGCAAAUAUCUCAACACUAACCUUCCUCCAGAUUUAUCGUGGUGAAAAUAUUCGCAUAGUUGAUAAUAAGUAUCAGCCUCGUAUAGGCGAGACAGUUGAAUUUAUUUAUGAUCCGAAUAGCGGAGCUGAAGCCAUGCGAAUAGGAUAUGAUCUUUUGAGGCAGGGCAAGCGUGUGGCAUUUGUAUCUACUGGAGCAGUGAUGGCUAGAGCGUUAGUAGAAAAAGCAUCUAAGUUAUCUAAACCCGACAAUUCUCCUGUUAAAGCCCCUUACACAAACACAGUGGAGGCGGGAAUAUCAUUCGAGAUUACGGGCCACUUUGAUAUAGUCAUAGCCAUUAUAAAUAUCGCUACUCCAGUUCAUGUUGAGGCUUUUGCACAAAUGCUUUAUCGAAUUUGUGACUGUCCUCGUCGUAUUGUUUCUAUGUUCUAUCAGAAAAAUUCUAAUGAACUUUUUCGUCCACCAGGCCGUGAAAAUAUUCGAGCAGAACUUGAAAGUGCUCGACCUAAUAAUUUGCCUACAGCAAUAAAAGGUCACCUUGAGCAUCAGAAACGCCUUUCUGCAAGAUAUUUUAUUGAGAAGCUUUGUAGUCUUAUAGCCAGUACUGGCGCUUCUCUCCAACUAAUAAAAAUGGAUGAGAGCCGAGGAGUUAUAGGGAAUCGUAAAAAAGUCCGCAAUGAGGUUAGGGUUGAAGCAUUAGUUAUCAAAGAAACAGAUUUUAAUGCAGUUGCUACUUCCCGGAAUCUUGAUCCUGAAGAAGCUGAAAAUCUUAAGUUUGACCAAGAGCGCUCUAUUCCAGAUACUAUGACACUUAAACGUUUCUAUAUGCGAAAUAUUUAUGAAUGUUUCAGUCCGCCUGAACCUCGGAAACAUUUCUUGCGGUUAUCUCACUUUCGAAAGCAAGGCUAUGAUGAGGAGAGUGCAAUAAAAGGGUUAGAGGCCAAAGAUAUUGCGCAAUGGGAAGAUACCCAUUAUAAAGCUGGAUAUAAUUCUGAGAAAUCAGUAGCGGAGGACUUGCACAACUCAUAUUCAGCUAAUCAUUGGAAAGUUAUACAAGAACUUUUUCAAAUACUAGGCUUUACUGGCAUUGACGACAAGCGUACUCUUUCUAGCGAUACUGCAUCAGAAUCAUUUAUGUGGUUUUGUGAAAACAUACGUGGGUUUGAUUAUCCCGAGCUGAAUGAAUAUCUGGGAGUCCGAUCCAACUAG